GCGGGGUCCUGGCUGGGAGAAAUUAAACCCAAACCUUAGCCCUCUGUCAGGCGCAGAGGAAAAUCAUAUUUUUGAACUAGUCCACAGCGUGGACAGGAAAUGACCCCUCCAGAAACUGCUGCUUUAAAACCGAGCGGCGGUGCCUGAAGCUCUCCAGCCUCUCUCUCCCCCCUCCCUUCUCUCUCUCUCUCUCUCCGGAGCCUGUGCGCUCCCGCUCCCGCUCCGCUCCCCCCCCCUCUGCUGUGGAGGGCUCCCACGGCAGUUCCCAGCCAGUGCGUGCAGCCUGGAUGUGUGUGUGUGUGCGCGCUGCUACUUUGUACUGUGAAGAACACACAGCCCAUGUGCUCUGUAUGGAUGUUGAUGAUACUCUGUGUAGCUUGAAUCUCUGCAAGCAGGCAAGAUGUCCAGCACACCACAUGACCCUUUCUAUUCUUCUCCUUUUGGCCCAUUUUAUAGGAGACACACACCAUACAUGGUGCAACCAGAGUACCGAAUAUAUGAAAUGAACAAGAGGCUGCAGUCGCGGACGGAGGAUAGUGACAACCUCUGGUGGGAUGCCUUUGCAACUGAAUUUUUUGAAGAUGAUGCAACCUUAACCCUUUCAUUUUGUUUGGAAGAUGGACCAAAGCGAUACACAAUUGGAAGGACCCUCAUUCCUCGUUAUUUUAGCACUGUCUUUGAAGGAGGUGUAACAGACCUGUAUUACAUUCUCAAGCACUCAAAAGAGUCAUACCACAACUCAUCCAUCACAGUGGACUGUGAUCAAUGCACCAUGGUCACUCAGCAUGGAAAACCCAUGUUUACCAAGGUAUGCACAGAAGGACGUCUUAUCUUGGAGUUUACUUUUGAUGAUCUUAUGAGAAUAAAAACGUGGCACUUUACUAUUAGACAGUACAGAGAAUUAGUCCCACGCAGCAUUCUAGCCAUGCAUGCACAAGACCCUCAGGUGCUGGAGCAGCUGUCCAAAAACAUCACUCGAAUGGGUCUGACAAACUUCACCCUCAACUACCUCAGGUUGUGUGUAAUACUGGAGCCAAUGCAGGAACUGAUGUCAAGACAUAAAACUUACAAUCUAAGUCCACGGGACUGCUUGAAGACAUGCUUGUUUCAAAAAUGGCAGAGAAUGGUGGCCCCACCAGCAGAACCCACAAGACAACCGACAACCAAACGGAGAAAAAGGAAAAACUCUACCAGCAGCACUUCCAACAGCAGUGCUGGGAACAACGCAAAUAGUACCAACAGCAAGAAAAAAUCAGCUGCUGCAAACCUCAGUCUAUCAAGUCAGGUACCUAUCUUCAGAUUAAAUACAUGGGGCUAAGCAAACCUUGAUCAAUGAGGUGCAAUAGUACUUGCUGCAUACACAUUCUUCUUCAGAAACAGGAGGUUGUGCCAUUUCCUCUACCUGCGCCACUUUCUGAUCAGUUCUUCGGGCAGGGACAGUGCUGACAACACAGAGCCAAGCCCAGAAAGUGAAAUUACAGGAUUGUCUUUCCAUGCGUGGGCCAGGUUGGCACUGCACCCUGAAGUUCAGCUGCUGAAGACUAAUCAGCCAGUAUCAUUUGAUCUCUUGCUGUAAGUUUAUUAGCACUUUGACUGUGCUGACAUAUCCUGAUACAUCUUUAAUGAUGUGGUGUCCAAAAGCAUGAAUGCCUCUUCCAGUGGGUGGGUGUGCUUCUUUCCUCUCAUCAGCAAUUUGAAAAGGGUCAAUCUCAGUCUGUCCUUCAUGUAUCCAUUUUGUAUAGUUUCUCAACCUUGCUAAAUCGAACACAGAGUUUGAUCACUACUUGUACUGUUAUACUCAUUUUCGCUUGAAACGCUGGGAAGACCAGUGUUUUCUGUAAUUCUGGUAGUUACUGGUUGCAGACCUUCAGCAUCUCUUCUCAGUAUGACUAUUCCUGCCCGAGUCCCUUGUGUAACAUCUUUUUGACAUGUUAAAUAUUUCUCACAUUCUUAAAACAAACAUAGUUAGCCAGUGUGCCAACAGAUUACACAGCAUAAAGGGUUGGCCCAUUACUUGUCCAGCGGUGCUUUUGACCUGAUUCCUUUGAGUACUGAGACACCAUACUGCAGUGGGUUGGAAGCAGAACCAAGUGCCACUAAAAUGACUCCAAUAGCACACAUACAAAAUCGUUUUUCUCACCAGAAGUGUUUUUUCUCUCAGGCUCUCAUAGGCACAGGCUGUGCUUUCCACAAAUGCAUUGGCUUUUUUUAGUGCAUCUAGAAAGUUGGCAGGACAAGGAGCCAGAAGCUGUAGUCCACUCAGCUGUCUUAGUCUCACCACUCAUUCAAACUGUCCUUCGAUUUUUUCAUGUUCUUGAUCAUGGCUGAUCUUUGGAAGAAAUCUUAACCAGAAAUGAGAAGCACCAAUUUCCUCUGUAAAGAGUGAGCAAAGAUGAGCAAGACUCCUUCUGCAAGGUUCAUGGAAAACCUGCCUUUCUAAUGUUAGCCUUCCUAUGAUUUCAAAGAAAUUUGUUAUCUAGUUUGGGUGUGUCAUUGCCUUAUCAUUAGAAGAGUGAUAAUUUCCUCUAAUAUUGGAAGCUAGCUGCAGUGUUUUCCCAAGUCUUUGCUCAUUUUUCAAGCCCCUUUACUGGCUGAAAUGCUAUUCCUUUGCAUUUUGCAUAUUAUUCUAUUUCAAUUAAAACUUUCUUGCAAGCUCAGGGCCUUAUACAUAGAACAGUGACUUGUAUGUCAUGAUCUGUGGAUUACCAAGAAUGUACCAGAUCAUCAGAAUGGGUCAUUAUCACUUAAAUAUUACUUUCUCUUAAGUUUAAUCAAAACAGUGCACAGUGAUCCAUUUUCAUCUGUUUGAGUCUGGAAAUUCUACAGCAAUGCACAACUCUUAUAAACUCAGCUGUAGGCUGCUCUCAGUCAUAACCAUAGAAAUUAAUAGGUGGAUUUUGCUCUACUUUACUAAUGAAGAUCCUGUUGAGAGUAACACUUUAACCAUGAAGCCAGUGAAAUAUCAUUUGUAUUGGAAAGAAUAAAGCAUCACCACAUGCUACCAAGUAAGUCAGAUGUUCUUUGUUACAUCCAGAGACUUAAUUAGAGCCUCCUUGCACUCUUUAAGCAAGUUACAUACUUCCAUAAUCUCUCUUUCUCUUGUAGUUCUCUGUAAGCUCCUCAAAAACCAAAUCCAUAAAUAAACCUGCUAAUGUGGAAGGAAGCAAUAGAAUCUCUUACGUGUUUCAAAGAUGGGGUAGGUUUAGGUGGUUUGAAAUGGAUGUCGUAGUACCAGAGCUACGGUUCCAGGGCCAGAUUAGUGUCAGAAAUUACCUUGCGUCUCAGAACUGCAGUUCAGAACCAAAGAUGUAGCUGUAAGGAGAAGAGAAUGAACAAAUUGGUUUCCACUUUUUGUACUUAAGGAAAAUGAUUCCAAACAAGACCAGAAUGUCAGUUAACAGAGAGGACUAUGAUGAGAUGUGAAAGAUAGCCACUUUCCUCUAGAAAGCGUUUACUCUGAAAUCUAAUUAAAAUAUCAGUUCUGUUUCUGUAGAUCAUUUCAACACCAAUGUCAGUCCAGUGUUUUUGUUUGGAAGCAGUGACCAUUACAGAUGUGGAUAGCAAUGGGGCUCUCAGUCAUUAACAAUUUUUGUGGCAGGGAGCUAAGAAAUCGAUUAGUAAAAUAAUUCACCACUAACACAAUUCUGUAACAAGGAAGGAAGGAAUGCAGGCAGGAGGAGAUACCCAUCUUCUUUUGCCUUAGCACUUAGAGGUAUGCUGGCUACUAAAACUAAUGCAACUUCAAGUCCUUGGAGUAUUUGAACAUACACUUGAUACACUUGAUAAUUUGGGGGCUUUAAAAAUUCUCUGGCUUGCAAAGCACUGUUUGUCUACUUCUGGGGACUGUGGCACCAGAGCUACAAACCAAUCACUGUAACACAAUGAAUGGGGCUACAUGUUAACAGCAGCAAAGACGUUAGGCAUAGGGAUGGGGAAUUUUACAAGGGCCACCACACAUUUUUACCUCCAGAGUCCAGUAAGACAUUGUUUAUCCAUAGAAUGUUCUUAAAAAUCCAAAGUUUAAGAGCUUAGAUACGUAAUUGGGCAUAGCAGAGCUAAACUUUGAGCCUAGGUAUAAAAAAGAUGAAGCCUGAGAAAUGACUGGUCUGUUAAAUAGAAGUGCUUGCAUUUGAGUUGUUUAUGAAGUGAUCUUUGUGUAUAGUUUAUAUGCAUCAAUUUAAGUUUGGAUGGCAAUUAGGGUAUUUCAGGAUGAAAAGUAUGAUAUACAUGAAAGCUGCUUUUGUGGUUAUAUUACGAAAUAAUACAUUUCUAUCACAUAAUGUAAAAUAUCCACUGCUUUAUUUACCGUGCUUCACUGCAACCAUAUAGUAAAAUAUCGUGAGACAUUCCUUGACCAAAAAUGUUUCUAAUCACAGCGUAAAUUAAUAAGAUUGAGUGACUACAGUCUAAAUCUUUUUUAAACUAAUCUAGUCAAAUAUAUGCUACCAUAACUAGGCCAAUAGCAGUGUGUGCUGCCAUGCAAGAGACUAGGGUUUAAUUCUUGGAUUCUGCUUCUCACUC